AUGGCCUCAAUUGACCCGCGGUGUGAGUUUCUCGGGACGUUGGACCAUUUCGUGUGCGAUUUGGUCAGGGAACUGUGGGUGCGGCGAGAUGACCCGAGGGCUGUUCGUAGUGCACAACUGCAAGAACUUGUCAGUGGGCAGCAAAGAGCACUGCUGGCGCAGAGGGACCAGCUGGUCUUGCAACAGCUUGUUAGGGAGCAGUACAGGGGUGGUACCGGGAAGGUGGUCCCCGUACAGGCUGCUGCAGAGGAGGAGGCAGCAAUGGCCCUGGCACCAGCCGUUGCGGCACCGACGGAACCAACGUACUGUUUCUGCGGUGGAGUGUCGUACGGGGACAUGAUAGCGUGUGAUAAUUUGCAGUGCCCGCUCACGUGGUUCCAUUACGGUUGUGUUGGGAUCACAGGUGAAUCUCCCUCGGGUAAAUGGUACUGUAGCGUGGAGUGUGAAAAAGCUGCGGAGGGUUCUGCGCCUGCACCGAAGAAGAAGAAAAGUAGGAGGAAAGGUUGGUGA